CGCAGCGUUUUACUAGUGGAAACACAGCAGUUACCGGUCAGACAGAGAGAGAACCUCAACACACACACGAGACCGCACGCUCCAUUCUGGACAUUGUAGGAUACAAAGCCGCUCGGAUGUGCAAUAUGACUUUUGAAGAAAGCAGUGGAGAUAAUUCUUCAGAAAGGAUGGAAUCGGUGGCUAAAGCAUUAGAGGAGGUCCUGAGCUCUGCAUUGCCUCAGGGUUGCAUCACUGUUGGAGUCUAUGAGGCAGCAAAGUCACUAAAUGCGGACCCAGACAAUGUGGUGUUGUGUCUGCUGGCCACAGACGAUGAGGAGGAUGUGGCUCUCCAGAUUCAUUUCACCUUAAUCCAGGCAUUUUGCUGUGAGAAUGACAUCAACAUCCUGCGUGUGAGCAACUUGAGGCGCCUUGCAGAAAUCCUUGGUGGAGUGAAACCUGGAGGGGAGCCCAUGGACCUGCACUGUGUUCUUGUUACGAAUCCUCAGUCAUCACUGUGGAAGGACCCUGCACUGAGCAAAGUGAACAGAUUCUGCAGAGACAGUCGCUGUUUGGAUCAAUGGGUGCCUGUUAUCAACCUGCCCGACCGAUGAAACUGCUUGGAAUAUUAAUGUAUUGUGUGCAUUGGGGGAAAAGUAACUUCACCAGGCCUGUGUUAAUGUCUGUGUUGGACUUCUUUGGAUAGCGCCCCAGGGACAGAGAUGGGAGGGGCAGAAAAAAAAAGAACAGAAGGAAGAGAGACAGUUCCAGCAACUUUACCAGGUCAGGGUGAACUCGUGGGCCAAGGAAGAGUGACUCAGCAGUCUUGGUUCCAGGAUUUCCAGCGUAUGACUACGCCUUUCUCUGCCGAGAUAGAAGCCUUUACAGGAAACUGAAUCAUGUGAGUGGACAGGCUCACAUGGUGGUGAGCAGAAGCGUGGGGCUGGGGGGGAAGCACACAGAGAGCUUCAGUUGACAAGACUCCCAAGAAUUGGACCACGCUGGAGUGGACCAGUCAGAGCGUCUCAGCUUGGAGAAUUUAACAUGAAAAUUUGACCAAAUCCAAGCAUUUCUUUAACAGCACAUUUAUUUAAUAGUAUUUAAGACUUGUCACUUUGAUAACUCAAAAGGGAAACUUUUCACAGUUUGUUGUUAUUAUUAUAUUAGGGGCAAUACAAUGUUUAGACUUGUCCACUAACUGAUGUUUUUAUGUGUUAUUAAUUUAAUGAAUUAUAUUUAUUGUGCAUAGUUCAUAGAAUUUGUUAAGUUGAAUGAAAUAAACAAACAACCAACAGUU